AUGGAGCUUGCUAUUCAUGAUGGAGAAUAUGGUGCAACAUUUGUGAUUUCCGACAAGGAAAUGAGGAAUCUUACUAACAAACCAGCAACUACACUCAUUGUAGAGCAAAUGAUAGGAUAUACUGAUAGCUCGACUUCUUGGCAGGGUAUACCACAAGCUGAUGUGAUUCUAAGACUUUAUUCAGCUGGACGAUGGACCCCUGACAAGGAAUGCCUUGGAACUGACUUUGACAAGACUCUGCUAAACGUGGUUAUGGCUGCUUUUAUUUUUUCCAUGAGAACCCUACGUAAUGUAGAUGUCAAACGCUUACUUGCAAUUGUCACAAAUCAGUGGAAGAUCACUAACCGUCUAGUUGAGGAUGUAAUUGCUAGUCCGUGGAUUUCACCUCCAGAGCUCAAAUUUUUAUUUGCUUCAUUUCACGAUAUCAGUGUAGCUUUCUACAAUAAUAAGCACCUAGAAAAGGCUUCCAUGGUGUUCAAGCUAUGUAUUAGAACAGUGUGGACUUGUGUUAGACUCCUCUGUCAGAUAUAUGUAAAUAAGUCUGACCUAUCUGAGGAUUGUCUUCCCAAAGAAGCAAUUAUUGAUUUUGUGAGUGAAGCAUGUAGCAAAUCUGCAUUUUAUCUAGAUAAUCUCCAUCAACAUGGUGCACGAGAAACCGAGAAGUUGCAUGUGUUUAUUCUAGAAAAUUGGCCUGAAGCUGAAGACCUCAUCAAAAAGUUGCCAGACCCUACACCGAUAGUAAAGCAAUGGGUUAAGCUAGUACAUGAGCUUUUCUUGGGAUGUGCACAAAGGUGUAGCCGUGUAGGUAUGAUCUCCCUCAACCAUGUUUUUGAUGUCCCUCAUAUAAGUGGCAUACUGUGA